UUAUUUCAAUCAACCUGGACCCACACCCAUAAACCAGUUGAUCGAAUAUUAUUAUUUUUCUAUAGCUUCCCAGUUUUCCCUCCAUUAACGUGGCUUACAACUCAAAUUCUGAAAGUUGCCUUCUUUUGACAUUUAGUGACACAACAUUGAAACACAAUUGACUUGGAAUAUGUAAAUCAGUUUUCCACCUUUGCAACCCAACUUCAUGAGAAUUAGAGAGGAUGGAUUAUUGUGCAAUUGUGCAUGUCAAAGAAGUUGACUACAAUACUACGAAAUCAUCAGAAUAUCAUUGUUUCUCUCGAUUGCGUGUGGAGUUAAAGCUUGAAGUUCUAUUGCUUUCAGUAAGUUAUUUUUGCAUACAGAAAUUGUGGAUUCACCUUAUAUAUGGUCUAAACAAGAAACUUCCAAAGCAAAUCAAGAAUCUUGAAGAAAAGUUUAUUCGUUAUUGUUUUGAGUUGAAUUUAUACAUGGAAUACUCUCAAGGGACGCUGCACUGCUCGUGGAAAGAUGUAUUUCCAUACUAUGUUUUCAAUAUAGCAGGAAAGAGACAAGUCUCUAUAACAGCAGAGCUUAUAAAAAUUGAAUCGGGAAGCGAUAAGGGUAUGGAUUAUGUUUACAUGUUUUAUUUUAGAGAGUUGCAUCUUCUUGGCAAAAUGAGUGUAUGUACCUCUUUUGAACUCUGUCCACAUGGAACACAAAUCAUGGAGACAAAGUUUGUUUUGUCUGUCAAUGGUGAUGAUAUUGAAGGAUAUAUGCAUACUUUAGAUAAAAAACAAGACAAGAAUAACGGGUUGUCAAAAAAGUCUACUAUUUCUAAGAAUCGCUCUUAUAGACAGAGGUUCUCGAUUGUUCAAGAAAACAUGUUAGAGCCAAAACUUGAGCUAGCCGCCAUUGUUGUGAAAAAUUAUAUCCUUGAGAGUCAAAAAGCGGUAGAAGUUGGUGGUUGGGGCUUGAAAUUUCUUAAAAAAGAUAGACAUUGCGAUUGCAAACGAAAUGCUAGCAUAAAUGUUCUUGUCCCUGCUGGUUUCCAUAGUGGGCCUAGAACAGGAAAGGGUGGUGGACCGUCUACCCUCAUUGAGAGGUGGAGGAAUGACGGGUCUUGCGAUUGUGGUGGUUGGGACCUUGGUUGUCCACUCACUGUAUUCCAUGCUGGGCUGAAUCACCAAGGUCACAGUUUUGGGGAGAACGGUUCAUUUGAUUUAUAUGUACAGGGUCGUAAACAAAGUGAACCAGUUUUUAAAAUGGUGGAUCUCUGUGAUGGUUUGUAUAGUAUCUGUUACAAAUCAAAUUUAUCUCCUCUGCAAUCACUUUCAGUUGCCGUGGCAGCAAUCCAUAGUCGUAGCCCAACUCUCAGAUGCGGAGCGUAUACAAACUGAAGUGCACACAACCACUCUUGUUCAGAACUCUAUUGCCUUUACGGAUACAUAUGUGUUUUUGUGAACAUUUUGUUUUCAUGACUUAAAUAGAUAUAUAUAGUAUUUUCGGGUUCAGGUAUAA